AGUCCACAUCUAUCGAGUUGUCGUCGCGCGGCAUGUCAGUGUCAUGGCGCUGCAGCUCCCGUCCUCUCAUCUACUCGUCUCAUUCGGCCAGACGACAGACGAUGUCUCCGAGUGGCCCCUAUCCACAACAUCACAUCUACACCGUUGUUAGACCGCAGUCUGCACUACCCGCACCCUUCCACCUGUACCUCUAUCGAGGCAAAUUUCGAAGCUCCAAGCUCGAACCCCAUGCCUUGCUGCAUCUCCAUCGUCAACUCCAGUUCGGUCCCACCAAUCCACUCCCGCCUCACCCUGGGGCGACUUCCCAGCCCAGACAGACGGACGGACAGACCGUCACUCAAUCGCCGCCCCUUUGGCUCGCUCCGCCAUCACGGUGCUAUCCUGGAGAUGCCCUGCCAUUUUUCACUUAGGCAGAACGAAGCAAACACCCUCGAAUACGACCAGUCGUCGUUCAUGGAGGCAGACAUUGGCAUUGUUCCCAGCCAUCACCUGUUGUCUACGGCACCAGUACCCAUGCCACCAAUAUCGACCUCACCGCAUCUAUCAAUGACCUUCUCGACUCGAACCGUCUCCACACAAGCAUGGAUCUCGAGCCAUUCCCACCCCUCCCUCACCCCACCGCCAAUCACUCCCAUCAGAUAUCAGGGCACUCCACGCUGUGCCCAUCCUACCUUCAUACGGAUACACUACACUAUCCGUACCACUCUACAGAGUACUGCGAACGAAUAUCCGUACACUCAAACUCCAGCCAAUCUUCACACAGUUCAUCUGGCAGCCCAAUGUAAUCGGCUCCGUGUGGGUCUUUGUUCGGCAUUGUCUAGAAGCAAUCCCAGCCGUCAUCACUUUUCUUGGUUAGGACCUCUAUACGAACUUGCCCAUUCUCUCAACCAACUCACCUCCCUACAAGCUUCUGACCAAGUGCCUACACUACAGGCUUGGCGAUGUCUAUCGUAUCAUAGGCACCUGCAAGCAGCAUAACUGAGGGCCAUCAUGCCACAACUCCCCAAAGUCCCUCCUAUUUUAGCCAAGCAGGCAGAGGGCUACGAUGCCAAUGUCAAACAUCGGGGCCGUCUCAUCUC